GAAAAGAACCUCGAGCAGUACCCGUGCGCUCUCCCGACAUUCAGUUUGUACGCCGCGAGGAAGGAAGAACUAUGGGUGGCGCAGGGAAUUGUUCUGGAUUUGCACAUGGUCAGAACUUGUUAGGAGAUGAGUGGGAGGUCAGAAGGUCUCGGGUACACUUGGGCGCCCUGAUCGGCAGCGGUGCCUUCGGCCGGGUGCACGCAGCACAGCUGGACAUGCCUGGAGGAGAGACCAUCACUGUUGCUGCUAAAAUGCUGACAGAAAACGUAUCAGAAGAAGAAAUGCAGGACUUUCUUCGAGAAAUCGUCAUGCUCAAGCACGUCGGCUCCCAUAAGCACGUGAUCAGACUGAUAGCUUGCUGCACCAGGAGAGCCCCCCUAAUAGCACUCUUGGAGCACGCACCCAGAGGAGACCUGCUCACUCUGCUCAGGGCUGCCAGAGGGCGGCGGAGGGAUCAGGGAUCCAGUGUCACUCGCCGAGUGGGCAGCGACACCCAUGGCAGGCCGUCGGAGGCUGACACGGAAUACACGAAUCUUGGUGAUUCGGAUCCGGCGCUCUCAGAUGGGAAGCUGUACGUUGAGGAGGAAACUUUGAAGAGCAGAGACCACUACGUGGCCGAACCUGCCCUGCAGCUGGACUGCAGUACCAUGAGAGAAUAUGCACUGCAAGUCGCAUUGGGCAUGAGGCAUUUGGAAGAGCGAGGAAUCACGCACAGAGAUCUCGCAGCCCGCAACAUCCUCGUGGACGGUGCAGGUGUGCUCAAGGUGGCAGACUUCGGGCUCUCCAGGUCUGGGGUCUACGUGCACACGCGAUCCAGGCCGGUCCCGCUGCGGUGGCUGGCCCCAGAGGCCAUCCUGCACUCUCAGUACUGCAGCGCCAGCGAUGUGUGGGCGUUCGCUGUGUUACUGUGGGAGAUCGCUACAUUAGGUGGCUUCCCCUACGCAGAGCUAAGCAAUCAUCAAGUCCCGCCGUUCCUAGCAGGCGGCGGGCGCUUACCCAAGCCUGCCCGAGCCUCUCCCCGCCUCUACGACUUGAUGGUAGAAUGCUGGGCCGAAGACCCCUUCGACAGACCCUCAUUCGCCAGCAUAGUCGAGAAACUGUCCAUCCAAAAGCAACUGUACGUAGACCUCGACUCCUUGUUGGCAUCAGAAGAUAUGGACACAUUCGAUGAUUACGAAUUCAGCGAAUGUGAACGGUGAAAAGACUGAAUAUUUAUAUUGUUGUUACCCCAUCGAUUUUGCACAUUAAAUGUUUUAUGAUUAAUGUUGUUUC